AUGGGUAAACAGGCAGAAAGAAGAAAGAAGAAAUCGAGGAAAGUGGAAAGAGAAUACAAGUUCGACCAGGAGACAGUGAUAGGGUUACGGACUCCUCAACCUCCUCAUCAACACAUCACACUCGUCGGUCGGGAUCAGGACUUCUCACGCUUACCUUUGACAAGAACAGCCCGAAACGUUCAUGAUCUGAACAGGAGCCAUUCUCCUAUGAGUCGCAGCCUUUGCAAUACUUGCCAUUGCAUUUUCCAGACCGAUUGCGAUGUCGAGGAUCUAGGAAAACCAACAUACACUCAUUAUGAGAGUGAAAGCGAACUCCAAAUCGCGAAAGAUUUAGGAUGUUAUAUCUGCACGCUACUUUUGCAAGAGAUCAAUAAGCAACAGGCUUCCUUGAAGACAGACUCAGUGAACGAUUCUGACAACGUUCUUCUUCCCAGGAGGCUCUGUUACAGGCUUGGAACAGUGGACUGGGGUAACGAAUACCUCACAUUUGGCUAUGAGGACAAAGAAUCAACGUUGACAGGUUGGAAGGAGGUUUUAAAGUUAGAGCUUCUCAGAGCUAGUGAUAUUGAGCCCACUCUGAGCGAAGCCCCAUUUUCUUCCAGCACAGAACAGGAAGCCUGCCUGGAAGUCGCUCGCAACUGGCUGAACCAAUGCCGUAGUGGGAAGCAUCAGAAUUGCAAAAAGGGCUUCCCCGAUGCAUACCAAAUUCCCACAAGACUUGUUAACUGUGGUGAGCCUGCAUCAGGUGACUGGCCGAGGCUCUGUGAAAGAGGAGAUAUACCGCAUAAUGCAGAAUACGUAACAUUGAGUCACUGCUGGGGCAAAUACCCGAUAUUUUCACUCUCGACCAAGAACAUCCAGAUCCUCAAACGGGGACUGCCACUAGACCUUCUCCCUAAAACCUUCUUGGAUGCCAUAUUCGUUACUCGUAAGCUGGGGUUCAAGUAUGUUUGGAUCGAUUCAUUGUGCAUUGUGCAGGACUUCGAUGAAGAUUGGAGACGCGAGGCCGAGCAAAUGGGCACUUACUACCAAAACGCCAUCCUGAACAUCGCCGCGACGAGUGUUUCCGAUGGACGCAUGGGGUUUUUCCGUGCCAGGAAUCCGAAUUUUCUCUUGCCAUACAAAGUGUUCGCCAAUUGGGAUCAGCCUUGGCCUAUUCUCAAUACACCACGGAAGGGGCAUUACUAUCUUUGCAGCAAAAUCUGGGACAACGAGAUUGAGGACUCUCCUCUAAACCGCCGGUGUUGGGUAGUUCAAGAACGCAUACUCUCCCCAAGAGUCUUACACUUUGGGACUACUCAGAUCUUUUGGGAAUGUCCGUCGAUGACUGCAAAUGAGGUUUUUCCGGCGGGCUUCCAUCAUUCCAUGUACGUUCCACCAACAAAGUACUCUAUUCCCGUAGACAGGGAGCCGAACACACCGCUCAGAAAUGAGCACUUCUACGGACUCUGGAAAGACAUUGUCCAAAUUUAUUCUCGAGGGGGUUUGACUCACAAAAGUGACAAACUCAUUGCAAUAUCUGGCCUAGCCGUAAGGUUUCAGACUCUGCUUCAAGACGAGUACCUGGCCGGUUUAUGGAAGAACUCCUUGCCACGACAGCUCUUGUGGAAAGUGUCGCACGAAUGCGAAAUCACCGGCUUGCCCGUUGAGUCUAGGGCGCCUUCAUGGUCUUGGGCUUCUCUUGAUGCACCUGUCGACUUUUUCGAUGCUACAAGGAAUAUCUAUGGCAAUGAGGAUGAGGUCUUACAUGCCUCACUUGUUGAAACACAAACUAUUCUUUCCAUUCCCAUUGGCCCUAUGCAGGUUGCUGAAGAAUACAUAAGAGUCAAGGGGCCUUUAAAGAGAGCCUCUGUCUCAAAUGGGGACUUCAGUAUUACGCAUCGACAGUGGGUAAUUGACUCCACUGUCGUAGAACUGAAUUUUCAUCCUGACAUGAGUGAGACUUGGCAAAGGCCAACCAGGAAGAAGGGAUGGUGUUCUCUGGUCCAAGAGUCACCCGGAGAAUUCUGCAUCAAAAUCGGCGACGGUCUCAAUCUUUAUAGCGAUGUGUACCUCAUGCCGAUCCGAUCUGACGAAGAUGAGGUCUAUGGUUUGUUUUGGCUCCACGGCCUAAUCCUUUCCCCAACCUGUCGUGCAAGAGGAGAGUUCUUUCGACUGGGCAUGUUCACCGCUGAGGAGCCAAGCGACCACAAGACAAUUCUAGGGCCUUCAAGGGGACUAAGUGAGUCGAUGUACGAGGUUUAUGACGGACUCCGGGAGUAUACCAUCAAAAUUAUAUAG